AUGGAUCACCUGGAUGGCCCCGCAAGGCCAGGUGGUCCGAGUCUUGACGAAGACCAAUAUCGUCGUGAGGUGCUGCGCUUGCCGUCCAGGGAAGCCGAGUGUUCGGCCGAGCAGAGCCUCGUCGAGGAGGCUCAGGCGUUGGGGCUCGACAUCCCCGCCGUCGAGAUUGCCGCAUCGCUGGCCGCGUCGAUUGCCUCGGGCAUCGUGCGCCUGCCGUCGCCGUCGGGACCCUCGUCGGGCUCGUCGACUGACCGCAACUCCUUCAGCGAGACCCCCGUCAGCAGCAGCAGCCAGCCGCCAUUGGAUCAGCUGGUUUCUUCUUCCUAUGCCGAGAUCACCGUGGUGUCGCGUCGCGGCAAGUCGGAUAGCGGACGGUCAGUCGCCUCCCUUUCCACCCGGCCGACGUCUUACAGCUCCAAUGAGGGCAGACAGACUCAUGGCGGCAGCCAUGAAUUUUCGCCCACGAGUCCGAGCUUGAGUGGGCAGAGCGAUUCAACGCUUAGCGUUCUGUCAUCGGCGGGGCUCAAGUCCAGCCGGCGCAGCAGUCUGAAGAACGCGAUUGGGAGGAUCUAUUUCCGAAAGAAGCGCACCCCGUCCUCCAUCCUCCUACCGCCCACCGCUCAGAUCACAAUCGCCAGGGGGGAAAGCGGACAAGAAAACGUUGUCGUGGUGGAAUCGCAGAGCGAACCACGGACCUCGUCGGCGACGACAGAGUCCCUGCAGCAGGAGCAGCAGUCGGAACAACCACUCAAGGUGGAGGUGCCCGUGUAUGAUUCGGCUGCCUUACAACGGAGCAUGAAUGACCCCCAGCUGGUGGAAAUGCACGAGUUGCACCAACUGGAGAGAAAUCGUCAUAUUGCAUUCCAGAAUGCCGCGAUCAGUCUCCUCAGGCAGAAGCAGCAGGCUGCCCUCAAUUUCAAGAUGGCGCAGGAUAAACAGCAGGAGGAGGAGAAGCGGGAAAAGAACCUCCAUGAUAUUUCUCGAAUGGAAGAACGACAGCUCGUGGCAGAGAUGGAACAGCGCCGAGAGUUCGACAAGGCAAAAAUGAACUCUCGCACCCGAAUCAAACACAUGGAGGGGUACUUGAGCACCAGCAGUAGCAGCAGCCCCCCGCAGUCCCCGCGCCCAGAAGCCGAUUCAGACUGGGACGCGGUGCACCAACCGCUUCGGAAAUUCACCAGCCAGCACAAGGCGCAGCUGGCGCAAGAGUACCACGACCACGACUCGAUGGACCAGCUGCAUGAGGCACGGAUCAAGGUCCUCCGCGACCAACAGGAAAUCAAGCUCCAGGAAGCAAUGGCCCGCAUGGCGCAGGAACUCGACAGUCUGGUCGAGCAGCACGCCGAGGAGCUGGCCGCCCUCCAGCGACAGCACCAGCAGGAGGAGCUCUCCGUGCUGCAGGCCCUGCACGGGCGUAAGAUCAAGCUGCGUCGCCGCUGGACAGUCGAGGAAGCCGUGCUGCGCAAGAAACUCGAACUGCGCGACGAGGGUCUCGUGUAUGGCCCGCUACCCGUCUUGUCCUUUACCCAGGUCCACGGGGAUACCGGCCGCGACUCGGGCAUUUGCGUUGUCGAGGGGGAUGGGCGGAGUGACGCUUCAAAUAAUGAUGUGAUGUGAUGUGAUUAUGAUACCCUUGGCAAAUUUUUUUUUAUAAUCUCCUGCUAUAUACUCCUUGUAAUUUUCUUACCUUGAUGUUUUCUUCUUGCCUGUUCAUUCUGUCACAUUGGCGUCUCUACACUCGAUAGAUUGACGUACCUGAAUAGACCUACAUUAAUAUACUACCUACCCAUAAGAUGCUCAAGUACUUAUUUAACAACUGUAUCCAACAACCGAUUUAAAACACUCUCCACCCUGGCAUCCCCCC